GAAGCUGGCGGGCGCGGGGAAAAUGGCGGCGGCGGCGGCUGCGGCGAACGGGACCGGAGGGAGCAGCGGGAUGGAGGUGGAUGCAGCAGUCGUCCCCAGCGUCAUGGCCUCCGGAGUGACCGGCAGUGUUUCCGUCGCCCUUCAUCCUCUCGUCAUUCUCAACAUCUCAGACCACUGGAUCCGCAUGCGCUCCCAGGAGGGGCGGCCGAUGCAGGUGAUUGGGGCCCUCAUCGGGAAGCAGGAGGGCCGGAAUAUCGAGGUGAUGAACUCUUUUGAACUGCUGUCCCACACUGUGGAGGAGAAGAUUAUCAUUGACAAGGAAUAUUAUUACACCAAGGAGGAGCAGUUUAAACAGGUAUUCAAGGAGUUGGAGUUCCUGGGCUGGUAUACCACAGGGGGACCGCCCGACCCCUCCGACAUCCACGUGCAUAAGCAGGUGUGUGAGAUCAUCGAGAGCCCCCUCUUUCUGAAGUUGAACCCCAUGACCAAGCACACAGAUCUCCCAGUCAGCGUGUUCGAGUCUGUCAUCGAUAUCAUCAAUGGAGAGGCCACAAUGCUGUUUGCUGAGCUGACGUACACACUGGCUACAGAGGAGGCUGAACGUAUUGGAGUGGAUCAUGUGGCCCGGAUGACAGCCACAGGCAGUGGAGAGAACUCUACUGUGGCCGAGCACCUGAUUGCCCAGCACAGCGCCAUCAAGAUGCUGCACAGCCGCGUGAAGCUCAUCUUGGAGUACGUCAAGGCCUCUGAAGCAGGAGAGGUUCCGUUUAAUCAUGAGAUCCUGCGGGAGGCCUACGCUUUGUGUCACUGCCUCCCCGUGCUCAGCACAGACAAGUUCAAGACAGACUUUUAUGAUCAAUGCAACGACGUGGGGCUCAUGGCCUACCUCGGCACCAUCACCAAGACAUGCAACACCAUGAACCAGUUUGUGAACAAGUUCAACGUCCUCUAUGACCGACAAGGCAUCGGCAGGCGAAUGCGAGGCCUCUUCUUCUGAAGAGAGGGUAGUACUUGAAGGGAUGAAGCACUGGGGUCAUGCACAAAGGGGAGGGGCGCUAUACUCCCUUUAGAGAAAGUUUGUCAUUAAUAAAAGGAGCAGCCCCCC